UAUCUGCAUUGAGCAUAGCCAUAGAUAACACUUUUGCAAAGAAGCUAUCAAAAAUGUUGGAGAUUAUAACUGUGAUUUUUAUUUUGGUACUGUGUAUAUAUCACUACCGGAAGGAAUUAAAAAGCGAUUUUCCUGGCCCACCAGGCAUACCCUUCGUUGGCGUCGCAUUUCAGGUCGACUUGAAUCGGCCUCAUUUGAAGCUGUAUGAAUGGACAUCGAUUUACGGAGAGGCUUUUCAGUUUUCAGCAUUUGGCAAAUCGUACAUUUCACUCAACUCAGCCGAUGCCAUACGAAAUGUCUUAGGAUGCGAACCAAACGCAACAACCGUGGCAUCCCGAGAACCGUCGUUUUUCGGGGAGUAUUGCCUUGAGAAUUAUUCCGACAUUGUAUUUUCACCUUACAGCAAAGAGUGGUCCAGUAGACGUAAGAUUGGCCACCAACUUUUACAUACAUAUGGAGAUGGGGUGCACUUGCUGGAGGACGAAAUUCUACAGAAACUUAAAUAUGUCAAACAAUAUAUCAAAGAUAAUAAUGAGAAGAACAUCGACCCACACGAUAUGGUGGAAGAGUUCUUAUGUAAAAACUUGGCCUCUCUGAUUGCUGGAACUACCGAUCAACAACUGCAACAACUGAUGAAAGAUAUGGAUCACAUUGCCAACGACAUUGCAGGACCCUUAGUUGAUAACAUGUUUAAGACAUUUCCUUUCCUGAGGUUUCUACCCUUUUCUAUCACCAAGAAACCUUUCCUUGUAAAAUCCAUGUUAGAAGAUCUAAUUAAGAGAAUAAAGAAAAUAACGGAAGAGCAAAACAUUGAAAAGGGUAUGUACCACGAAUUGAAAAAUGCAGUGGAGGCACAUGCUCAACACCUUACAGACAAUGAAAUAAAGUGCAUUAUCUCUGAUAUGGUUGGAGCAGGUUUUCUAACAACCAGAGGCACCUUAAUGUCGCUUAUUCACCUUUUGGUGGAUUAUCCGGAGAUCCAGAAUAAAAUACAAAAUGAAAUUGAUGACAUAAUUGGCGAAAGAGAGGCGCACAUCAACGACCGAUCUUCAUGUCCCUUCACAGAGGCAGUGAUCCUAGAAACACUACGUUACAUAUCCCACGUCCCUUUGUCUAUCCUUCAUUACACACUUGAGGACUGUACCAUCAGGGGCCAUUUGGUUCCAAAAGGAACACGAAUACUUACAAAUUUGUGGACUGUUCAUCAUAGCGAUGAAUGGGAUGAUCCAUUCGUCUUCAGACCUGCGCGGUUCCUUGACGAUUCUGGAUUACUUUUACCAGCAACACACCAAACUAGAAAAAGGCUGUUGGUUUUUGGGUUUGGCAAACGGUCAUGCAUCGGGGAAGUGUUCGCCAAAAACCGCAUAUUCCUGUUCCUAGCAACACUGAUGCAGACUUGUACUGUGACAAAGCCGUCUGGUCAAUCUACAAGUAACCUUGACCCCCGAACAAUGAUGCCUGGCAUCGUACUCCAGCCUCAGCAUUACCAAGUACAAUUCAAAGCACGAGAAAUUUCAUGCAAUCAAUGAGCGUGCCAGGGCACAUGUAAAAAGCAUCGAUGUACACAAAGACAAUGAGAAAUUUUUGAACGUCAAUAAAUGAAUGUUGAAUACAUGGUAUGUCUAAUUAGGACCAAGUAAAUGACAUUUUUCAUAAACAUUUAACAAUGAAAUUUAAUACAAAUACGUCGCUUCGUGUAUAUGGCAUGUCAAACGUUGCAAUAUUCGGUCUUUUCCAUUUGUAUUGUAUAAUUUUCCAUUUGGAUUCUAUAAUUUUCUAUUUGGAUUGUAUAAUGCUUAUUUGUAUUCUAUAUUUUCCAUUUGUAUUGUAAAAAAAAUCAUUUGUAUUGUAUAAUUUUUCAUUUGUAUUCUAUAUUUUCCAUUUGCAUUGUAUAAUUUCUUAUUUGUAUUGUAUAAUGCUUUUACUGAUCUCGUAAAUUUUGUCUACAAGUAACCUUGUUGACCUAAAAAAUGGCCUGUGAGCUAUGCAGUAUUGCGUUCGAAGAUCUUGUUAUUGAUCUCGACACAAAAGAGUUGAUGACUGAAUACCCGUUAUCAUGUUUUGUCACCAAAUUCAAGCCACGUACUGGUAAGGCUAAACUGUUGUUAUUUGAAGAUGUAAACCAGACUCUCUAUGAAAAGAGUGCAAGAAUGGUAUGUUUUUACACAUCUGAGAACAGGUUAUUUACAUGGAUUAAAGCAUUAUCCAUUUUAUAUUAUGAUAACAUUGGAAAGAGACCCGGGUUAAAAGUAACAUGGACCGACACCCCAAAGAACUGGGCGGAUCCAACAAAUACUGGAAAUGCUAUCGUGAGACAGAUUUUCAGCGAAAACAAACCACAUGCGAAUAACCUUGUUUUCAACGUAACAGUCUUCAUUACAACUGGUACCAUAAGGGUACAGGGAAUACAUUAUGACAAGUUUACAAAACACCAUUUCCCGAUCCUGCUUAGAUUAGUUGACUUGACAAGCCAGUUGGAGCUGUUCCCUUAGUUUUAUUAUUAGGAACUUCAAAUACUAAUGAUAUCAAGGAGGAGAAACUGACUCCUGCUGCAACUGUAAAUAAAUUUACCACAUACACCAUUACAGAGGCACAAACAUUUCUUCAAAAGUGUGAACAACAGUACGAUGCUAUCAUUUUACACAUAUUGACUAAUGUUGUUAAAGGAGAUGAUCCUAAUGAAUGUAGCACAAAUAUUGAUGAAGUCAUCAAAUACAUCAGACAAAGAUGGCUGUCUACCAAAAUAAUAGUAUCUUUAACGACCCCAAGAGUUGACACGCACAAAAAUUGUGCAGAAAUGGUCAAUGCGAUCACUAAACAACGGAUUCUAUAGGAGAAUGAUGAAGCCAUUACUUUUGUCGAGCAUCAUAAUAUGUUCAUUGAUUCCGGCCCAAACACUUCACUACUUAACAAAGAUGGAUAUCAUCUCAACACCAAAGGGGUAUCCAAACUGGCAGCCAAUUUUCGAUAUGCGUUGCAUAGGUCCCUAAAGCUAAAUGAUUGUGGAACGUCGCUCCAGAAGCAACUCACAACGUCGAUCACGUGGACAAGAAUUUGUUGGACGAUCCAGAUACAACAAACGUGACUGAAGUUUCCUCUGACUGGAAAUCCUUUUUGUAGAUCUUUAUUUUCUUUUUAUAUAAUAUAGACAUAGAAAAUGUCUUAAUUAUAGUGAAGGUUAAGAAUUAUAUAAUUCUCAUUUAAUGGUCAACAUGGUAUACUAUAUGUUUAAUAUUUAGUAAUUUUGCUAAAAGAAUGAAGAGUUUAAAAUUUGGCCUACUCAAUGUUGGUGGCCUAAUAUAUAAGGGAGAAAACAAAUUUAAUGAACCCUCAUUUGUUAAACAGUUGAAAAAGUAUAUUUUCUUUUUUGUGGAAACUCAUAUAGGACAUGAUUUUAUUGUUCCAAAUAUUGAGCCCUUUUAUUGUCAUACUAUAUGCAGACCAAUAUCUAAUAAUAAUAGAUACUUUGGAGGAUUGGCAAUAUUUUGUAACAAAUAUAUCAAACAACAUGUGAAAAUUUUAACAAACAACAACAAAGAUUUCAAUGGUUAAAAUUUGAAAAGGAUUACUUUGGAUUUAAAAAUGAUUUAUACUUGUGUGUUAUAUAUAUUCCACCAUUAAUGUCCUCAUAUAAUAAAGCUCUACAGGUAGAUAUUUUGGAUUGCAUUGAAAAAGAUGUUAAUAGAUACUCAAAGUUUGGA